UACAACUGAUCAUGUGACUCUAUAUCACUCACUCAGCUCUGCUUUUGUGUCUGAACCGGUUAAUUUGGUCAAAUUAAACCGGUUUUUGGGUUUUAACAAGUAAAACCAGUUAUACCGGACCUUUGGCUAAGUUAAAGAGUCAUUUCAUAUCUGAUAAUAAUCUCCUCAAAUGUCAAAUUUUUACGAAAUUGAUUGGCCAUCGAGAGAGAAGCUUCAUUGACAAAAAGAGGCCUAUUGCCGGAAUUGAAGAAAUUCCGGUGACAUUCCGGUGCGUAUAAUGCUCAAAGCCGUUCAGAUCUUGGGUUGGUCAUCAGGGUUAACCAUCUCACAGAGAUUGACCAAGACUCGCAAGUCCUCUAGCGUCUCUUUCAUAUCUACAUCUCUCAAUCUCUCCACUUUCUCCUCUGUCACUUCGAUCUCUCCUCGAAAAAUCUUCUCUUUUAACCCAACUCGAAUGUCUUCCUCACUUCCCGGGUCUGACCCAGUUGCAAAUUCUCCGACUUUCGUCUCUGUUCAAUCAGCUGGAGAUGUUCGUAAGAUAAAGUUCUGUCAAUGGUGUGGAGGACCAACCAAGCAUGAGAUACCUGCCGGUGAAGAGAAAUUGAGAGCUAUUUGCACACAUUGCGGCAAAAUCGCAUAUCAGAAUCCUAAGAUGGUUGUAGGUUGCCUUAUCGAGCAUGAAGAAAAAGUUUUACUUUGCAAGCGUAACAUUCAACCUUCACAUGGUUUAUGGACUCUUCCUGCUGGCUAUCUAGAAGUUGGAGAGUCAGCUGCACAAGGAGCAAUGAGGGAAACUUGGGAAGAAGCAGGAGCCUCUGUGGAAGUUAUUUCACCUUUUGCGCAACUCGAUAUUCCUCUUAUUGGCCAAACGUAUGUUAUAUUCUUAGCCAAACUGAAGAACCCGCAUUUCGCGCCUGGUCCCGAAUCAUUGGAGUGUCGUCUUUUUGCACUAGAUGAGAUACCGUUUGAUUCCUUGGCUUUUUCAUCUAUAUAUGUUACCUUAAAUUUGUACUUGGAAGACCUGAAAAAGGGGAAACUAAAGUUUCACUAUGGUACGAUAAAUAAAAGGCCUGGAAGUAGUCCUUCAGAUAUUCGUGCCUUUAGUCUUGAUUACCAUCUGCAGCCGUGACUCGAGUUUACAGAAGCAGCUUCUGGAUUUGCUUGGUUCUCCAUGUCGAGUCUUGUCAUUUCGCAACUCGUUGUUACGAAAAGAAAAGGAAAGAUGAAGUUGCUUAUGUGAGAGAUUCCGUGGAAAGAUGAGAAACAACACCGAAGAAGAUAAUUUGGACAGACUUUCGUUUUGUAUUUGUGGUGGAGAAAUAGGUUUGGAUGACUUUUAGGUAUCUCAUGUCAGAUGUUAUGGCUAAACAAUGUAUCUUUUCUGGUUUCAGUUGCCUCAAAUGUAAAAAGAAAAAUUCAGGUGUGGAUGCAACACAUUUUGAUCAAUCUUUGUGUAAUUAAGUCACGUGUUACUGUUA